UAUAAAGUGUAUUUGGAGCAAAGGUUUCUGUGGUCGCUGCAUUUCAACGAUUGGCUUGUGGUUGCUAUGGGAAAUGUCCAGGCAACAGUUAGGGGGUGGAGACUAACGGCCCGUCAUUCACCGUGAAAGAUGACGGACAGCCGCAUAAACCAAUCCACGGUCGAGGAAUAUGAAGGCGGCCAAUGAAACACGCAGCAGAAAAAAAUCACCUCGUAGUUAGGUAGAGAGCGCAAAGGGCAGUCGCAAGUUACCAGAAUCUCUGCGAGACAGCAGCGAAAAAACAGACUAAUGACCCGGCAUGAGGAGCCAGUCCUUCCACUAACAUGGACAAGUACGAAAAGGUGAAGAAAAUUGGCGAAGGUUCAUUCGGAAAGGCCAUCCUCGUCAGAUCCAAACAGGAUGGACACCAAUAUGUCAUCAAGGAGAUCGGCAUAUCUGCAAUGUCCAGUAAAGAAACGCAGGAGUCUCGGAAAGAGGUUGCCGUUCUUGCCAACAUGAGUCAUCCCAACAUCGUCCAGUACAAAGAGUCUUUUGAAGAGGGGGGCUGCCUGUAUAUUGUGAUGGAUUACUGUGAGGGCGGAGACCUCUUCAAGAAGAUCAACUCUCAGAAAGGAGUGCUGUUCUCAGAGGAGCAGAUCAUGGACUGGUUUGUGCAGAUUUGCCUGGCGCUGAAGCACGUGCAUGAUCGAAAGAUCCUCCACAGGGACAUCAAGUCACAGAACAUAUUUCUGACAAAGAAUGGGACGGUGCAGCUUGGAGACUUUGGGAUCGCAAGAGUGCUGAACAGCACGGUAGAACUGGCGAGAACGUGUAUCGGCACGCCGUACUACCUGUCACCAGAGAUCUGUGAGAACAAACCGUACAACAACAAAAGUGAUAUUUGGGCCCUCGGGUGUGUCCUGUAUGAAAUGUGCACUCUUAAGCAUGCUUUUGAGGCUGGCAACAUGAAGAACCUGGUUCUGAAGAUCAUCCGGGGCUCAUACCCCCCCGUGUCCCUCCACUACUCCCAGGAGCUGCGCUCUCUCCUGGCGCUGCUGUUCAAACGCAGCCCUCGAGAGAGGCCGUCCGUCAGCAGCGUUCUGGACAAACCUUUCCUCACCUGCAGGAUAGAGAGGUUCCUCACCCCACAGAUCAUUGCUCAGGAAUUCCGCCAUACUUUUCUUCACAAGCAGCCUAAAGUGGGUUUGGUGCAGGGAUCACCAGCUAAGCGUCCUGCCCCUGGCUCCAUACCACUCGCCCCGGCCCAGAAAAUCACCAAACCAGCCAGCAAAUACGGAGUGCCUUUAACUAGGAGGAAGGUGUCGGAUGCAGCCAAAAGACCCGCAGAGAGGAAAGCAGCUGUGAAGCAUAGACCGGCCCCUCCCCCUGCAGCCCCCCAGAGAAGAGUGAGUCAAGUGGAGGAAGAGAGGAAAAAACACGAGGAUGGCAUGAGGAAGAAACGGAUGGAGCUGAUUGAGAAAGAAAGGAAACAGAGAGAGCAGAUGUUCCUGUUGAAAGCGGAGCAAAUGAAGAGAUAUGAAAAAGAAAAGAUCAAUCGUAUAAACCAGGCCAGAGAACAAGGCUGGAAACACGUCCAGAGCUCUAGUGGAGGGAGCAGCCCAGAGAGGAAGUGUUUUGUAGGUGGUGGAAACAGGGCCGUCCCAUGCUCCGUUCAGAGUCCCAACCCUUCGGCCUGUCUCCCAAGUAAAGCCCCGUAUGAGCACUACCACGCUGCUCUGGACCAGAUGGCUAAACAACAGCCCAAAGUCCUCAGCAGAGAGGGAUCCUCAGCAGGACCGGGCAGUCCCAUCCGCGUACCGUCUGCUGCCGGUGCAGUGCUGCCCAACGGCCCCGCCCGACUCCUGAACUGUGACGCCUUCAAGAGAGAGCUGCAGAGGCUGCAGGACGUUUCCAAACCAGCCCACGUCAGUCGGCCUCGGGGUCAGGUCGAGGAGUUCUUACAGCGGAAGAGAGAAGCCAUGCUCAACAAAGUCCGUGCAGAGGGACAGCUGGGCGCUCGGCAAAACCUGGCAGCGACCUAUGGAAGCUGGGCCGGUUCGAUCCGGUGCAGGAGACCCAGAGCCAACAAAGAGGAGGAGGAGUACUUGUCACGGCUGAGGCAGAUCCGCUUGCAGAACUUCAAUGAGCGUCAGCAGAUCAAAGCCCGGCUCAGAGGAGAGAAGUAUGACAGCGAUGGUUCUGACAGCCAGGAGUCCAGCGAGGAAGCCGAGCACAGGAGGAAGAAGAUUGAGGCUUUAAAAGCCCAAGCUAACGCCCGCGCUGCCGUACUGAAGGAACAACUAGAGAAGAAGAGGAGAGAGGCUCAUGAGAGGGAAAAGAGAGCUUGGGAGGACCAUCUUGCCGCUCGGGGGAUGAAGGCUGGCAUCGCGGCAGCAGGAAACGUAGCAUCAGCAGCAUCAUCUACCUCUGACGGUCCUCCUCCACAGCCGAGUCCCUCUCAGCCAGACCCAGCUGCCAAAGCUCCAGCCAUAUCCAUGACCGCCGCCCUGAAGAAUGUCGGAGCAACUACUCCGCUCAAAGAAAAGUCGUCUGAGCCAGAGUCUGCCACAGUCAUCCAGAGUGAGAAAAAGCAGAUCCUGCGCCGACUCAACCAGAACCUCAAAGCCCAGAACCCGGUAGAAGAUGCGGAGGAGUCCCUUCCUGGUCCGGCCCCCCAACAGAACCAGUCUGACUCUGAGACACGUCCCCCUUCCAACGGAGACCGGAAGAAGUGGGAAGCAGCAGAACUGCCGGUGCUUCCUGUGGCUCAGCUCACCUUAGAGGAAACGUGCACCUCAAGCACCACCUCAGUGUCUCCAGAUGAUACACCGUCUUCUGCUGGAGACAGGAAGAAGUGGGAGGCGGGAGUUCCUCUCGUCCUCUCUGUAGCCCGACAGACUCUAGAGGACACGUGCAUCAGGACCAUCGAGCAAACAUCGGGGGAAGUGAUACAGAUGGCGGCGCUGCAGGAAGAAGCUCCUCGGAAGGUGUGGGGGGCGAGUCCGGACUCUCAUGUGCUGAGAGUACUCUGGGAGGCGGAGCUUCAGCCUCUCACCCAGCAGCUGGAGGACGUCACCCUCUGCGAGGACCAGAGUUCCAGCCCCGAUAAGCCCGACCACACAGCAGCAGGCGAGGUCGUGACGGCGCCUAAAGACGAGUCAUCCACUAAACCGGCGCCGCCCGCUGUGGUCCAGGGCCCGGAGGUCCAGAAGGAGAGCGCUCCUCACACCACCGACGCUGCAGCACGGAGAGCAGCACUGCCAACAAACUUCACCGACAUUCAGGAUCCAGCAGACCUGGAGUCGGUGGUUUUGGAGGAGACCCCUAAACCGGCCUCACAUCCUCCAGCUGCUGUGCAGCAGGCCUGGCAGCAGGAAGCCCGGCAGCCGAUGCCACCAGAGGGCACAAUAACACCAGCUGGCACUAAAGAGGUGGAGAGGAGUGCAGAGAGACCAGCUGAAUCUUCUGGUCCAGCACAGAGCGAGGAGCCCCUGUUCAUGAAGCUGUGCUCCCCGGCCCACCGACGCACCGCCGCCCUGGCGCUCCUCUCGGCCCAGUCCUCCCUGGACGACUCCUCCUCCUCUCUGGCCUCCCGCUCGCGCUCCGUCUCCCCGCUGCGCUCCAAGCACCACGACGCCCUCCUCAUCAGCCUCUCCACGGGCAUGUUUGACGCCAACAACCCCAAGAUGCUGCGGACCUGCUCGCUGCCCGACCUCAGCCGCCUCUUCAGCUCUCAGCAGGACUCCGCGGUGAUGAGCGACGCUCACGUCGCCCCCGACACCAACCUGGAGAUCGAGGACCUGGAGGACGCAGCUAAAGACGACGACCAGUCGGAGACCGAAGAUGCGUAUGACGAUGAAGACCUGCGGGACAUCCGGGCCUCCAUGGAGAGGCUGCUGCAGGAGGAGGUCGGAGCUGGAGACUUUAACGGGAACCCUCCGGAGGGGGAAGAAGAAGAAGAAGAAGAACGGGUACUUUUCAACGGGAUAGCUGCUGAGAUCGACCAGGACAACAGUCAGAUGGCUGUAGAUGAUGAUGAAGAUGAGGAAGAGGAGGAUGAGGAGGACGAGGAUGAGGAAUGCUCUAACGGGAGUCCUGGUGAGGAGGAAGCAGGGGAGCUGCUGAACAACGGUGUGGGAGUCGGGAACCACAGUAACAACAGCCAGCUCAACGAGGAGUGGCAGUCAGACGGCAGUGGAGAGGAGCAGGGCGGAGAGGCCGCGCACCACGACAGCAUCUUCAGCCGCCUGGAGGAACUUCGCUUCAACCUGGAGCAGCAGAUGGGCUUCGAGAAGUUCAUCGAGGCCUACAAUAAGAUUAAGGCUAUACAUGAAGACGAAGACGAGAACAUUGACCUGGGCUCCAGUUUGGUCUUGAACAUUUUGGGAACUGAGCACCAGCAUCUGUAUCCCAACAUCCUCCAUCUGGUGAUGGCAGACGGCGCGUACCAAGAAGAUAAUGAUGAGUAAUGUUUCGUGCUGGCAGCCGUGACGAUCUGCUGACUCUGAGAAGUCUUCACUGACGCUCAUCAUCAUCAUCAUCAUCAUCAUCAUCAUCAGGAUCUAUGCAUGAAGUGUUCAGCCGCCCAUCUCACAGUGUUUCAGGCACACUCGCAUGAUGAGUAACGAGUACACUCCAGGCUGUGUUUCAUACUUUUUUGACUAUCAGCACCGAACAUUAUUUUCUAACCAGUGUUCAUUCAGAAGUGCAUUAUAAAAAACACACGUUCAUAUUAACCAAAGUAAACUUCAAAAGUCCUGUCAAAUGUUCAUGAAAACCUGUAAAUGAAGGAAAACACGUGUUUGUUGAUUAAUGGCAUAAAUAAUGUGUUGUGUUUCAGUUCGUUGUUGGUUCAGUCAGAAGCCACGGUGGCAUUUUAUUUUGGCGGGGCAAAGAUCUGGUCCUCUCAGGUGCUCUCUUCUCGACCACAGCUUCAGAACCCAUAAAGCAGGUCAGCAGGACUUACUCAGAAUCAGCUGAACCGCCUCUUCCUCUUUCUUACGACUCUUUUCACCAACACAAGUUCACUAUGAUCCAACACAUUUCCACGUUUCUUAAACAAUAGAUUGGUAAUGUAGCAGGACUGUGAGGUCACAUAAUAACAGUAAUAAUUCGUAUUUGAUUAUAAAUUAAAUAUUGUAAAUCUUUAUAUGAAAUAAACACUUUUUUAAGAACCUGAGGACUUUUAUUUUUCCUACCUCUCUCUACCUUUUACUGCAUCUCAAAGGUACUUAUUAUACUUAUACAUCUCAAAGGUAAAUAUUAUACUUAUU